CGGAACGAGCUUCUCGGCGACAGAGCGUGGUUGCGUUGCCCGGGCUUGAGCCGGUGUUGGCAAAGCAGUAAUUUGAACUGUCUACCCGGAGCGAAUGAGCCCAGGGGGAGCCAUGGAGGGCCAGAGCGUGGAGGAAUUGCUGGCAAAGGCGGAGCGGGACGAGGCAGAGAAGCUGCAGCGCAUCACGGUGCACAAAGAGCUGGAGCUGGAGUUCGACUUGGGUAACCUGCUGGCCUCAGACCGGAACCCCCCGACGGGCCUGCGGCGCGCGGGACCCACGCCGGAGGCUGAGCUGCAGGCCCUGGCGCGGGACAACACGCAGCUGCUCAUCAACCAGCUGUGGCAGCUGCCCACGGAGCGCGUGGAGGAGGCGCUGGUGGCGCGGCUGCCGGAGCCCACCACUCGCCUGCCGCGCGAGAAGCCGGUGCCCCGGCCGCGGCCGCUUACUCGCUGGCAGCAGUUCGCACGCCUCAAGGGCAUCCGUCCCAAGAAGAAGACCAAUCUGGUGUGGGACGAGGUGAGUGGCCAGUGGCGACGCCGCUGGGGCUACCAGCGCGCCCGCGACGACACCAAGGAAUGGUUGAUCGAGGUGCCCGGCGGUGCCGACCCCUUAGAGGACCAGUUCGCCAAGCGGAUCCAGGCUAAGAAGGAACGGGUGGCCAAGAAUGAGUUGAACCGACUGCGUAACCUGGCUCGCGCGCACAAGAUGCAGCUGCCCAGCGCGGCUGGCAUGCAUCCUACGGGACACCAGAGUAAGGAGGAAUUGGGCCGCGCCAUGCAGGUGGCCAAGGUCUCCACCGCCUCAGUGGGGCGUUUCCAGGAGCGCUUGCCCAAGGAGAAGGCCCCCCGGGGCUCCGGCAAGAAGAGGAAGUUUCAACCCCUUUUUGGGGACUUUGCAGCGGAGAAAAAGAGCCAGUUGGAGCUGCUGCGGGUGAUGAAGAGCAAAAAGCCUCGGCUGGACGUGACAAGGGCCACCAAUAAACAGAUGAGGGAGGAGGACCAGGAGGAGGCUGCCAAGAGGAGGAAAAUGAGCCAGAAGGGCAAGAGAAAGGGGGGCCGGCAGGGUCCUGAGGGCAAAAGGAAAGGUGUCCCGCCCAGCCAGGGAGGGAAGAGGAAAGCGGGCUUGGGAGGCAAGAUGAAUUCUGGGCCGCUUCCCUUCGGCGGCAAGAGGAAAGGAGGGCAACACCAAGGAGGAAAGAGAAGGAAAUAAUUUUCACCCUCGGACCCGUCUGUAAACGUUAAAUUCUAGUUACGGGGGGGGGGGGGGACGGGGGGUUGUUGAAAAAGGGGGCCGCUGCCUUCACUGAGCUUGAGGUUGAAGGGAUAGGCUGCCGACCCCCAAGAUAGUAUGUAAAUGUUGGACUCUACAAAUUAAUGUUUUUCCCACAACCAGGAAUUUGGCUGGAGAUUAAAGGAUGUAUUUGAGGACAUAAGAAAACGGGAAAGAAUUUGGUGGAAACAGAAUGAGUUCUAUUUUUAAACGGACAUCUUUUUUUCUUUUUAACUUUGGAUAUAUUGUGAGAGAGUUGGUCAUCUUUCAGACUUAAAAUUGAUUUCUGCAUUAUUUUUAUAACAAGGGAGUGUAUCACACGGGGGAACGGAAAGAUUACAUUUUCAAAACUGGACUUAUAAGUAACUCUUAUGAAGGUUGUUUAAUAAAAGUGUGUAUCUACUGUUACUUUUGA